AUGACUUGUACUACUAUCACUAAAGUUUUUUAUCUGUCCCCCACCCCAAUUUGUGUCAACAUCAUUCGUUUCUUUUUUUUUUUUCUUCUUCCUUCUUGUUAUAAAAAAACAGAGCGUGACCGUAACCAUGACUACUCCAUCUGGCCAGUAUAUAGACACUAUAAUAGUAAUGCAGAAUGGGUUCGUGCAAAGUGUUGGCAUAAUGAAAAUCUGUCAAUUUCCAAUUUAUAUUCAAAGUUGAUGAUUCUAAAAAUAUCGUCCCAGAAUGAGUGCAGGGAUUUAUAUGAGAGACUUUCAAAUAUUUUUACGGUCACCCAACGUUCUGGUCAAUUAGUGUUGCCUAAACCUUUUGCUGUUAAAGUGAAAAACUGGCUGGGCCAAAAUGAAGAAUUGUAUGCUGAAGCUAAAUACCAGCAUAUAACACUUGUAUUUAAUGAAUACACACGAGACAAUACAAUGUUUAAUCCUCUAAGAGCCAAAAGACCUGUUCAUAAGCCUGAUCUACCUCAGAGAGAAUAUGUUGACCAACUUUCUAUAAAAACUGCCAAAUCCUGUGACUUUUGUAACUACACAAGUUUCACAGCUGAGGAUUUGUUUGGACGAAUCGAAUCAAAACAUUCAUUCACUGCUGCCAAUGCUUUCAAAUAUGAUGCAUGGCAUGCACUGGUAAUUACUCGUGAACACCAUCCCCUCAACUGGAGUGAAGAUGUCUUCUUGGAUGCCAUGUCUGUAGCUAUGCAAUGGUAUGAUAAAGUCCACUCUGUAGAUAUUCGUUAUAAGCUUCCGACGCUACUGUGGGAUCUCUUGCCUCAUGCCAGUGCAAGUCAAGUUCACCCUCAUUUGCAUAUAAAUCUUCUCCCUGAUCGUUACUAUGGUGUCAUUGAAAACUGGCGUAUUGCAGCUGAACAUUAUAAUAAUGACUUCCCAGGAACAAAUUAUUUUACUGAACUUCUAGACCUCCAUUCACUGUUGGGCCUUGCCAUCCAUUUUAAAACUGCAGCAGCUUUUGCUAAUAUUACUCCAAAAAAAGAUAAUGAAAUUGUGGUUCUUGGACAGGCACCAAAUGAAGAUUUCUUUAAACUGUUGUAUUAUGUCCUACGAGCAUACGUAGAUGAUAUGGAAAAACUUUGUUUUAGCAUGGCCAUUGCAUUUCCGAGUUUGUUGGAAGAGGAUGUAACAGGCCGCUUGCCCGUCUAUGCUCGUUUGAUUUCACGAGGAACUGUUGGUGAAGUACGAUCAGACAUUAGUUCACUUGAACUAUUUGCUGCCUCCAAUGUAAAUGUGGAUCCAUUUCAAGUUGCUAUGAAAGUGAAAGACUCAGUUAAAAAAAGAUUAAAGUCAGCUUACUGA